UUAGAAAAAUCACAUGUUGUGAUUAAGCAAAGGGAAGCCACCUCUCCUACUGGAAUCACAAGGGAAAAAAAAUCCACAUGCAAUAAUUCUUGGGGUGUUCAACAGUUCAAGGCACCUUCCAGGGAGGAGAAGAGAGACGAAGCCCCUUGGGAGUUCACAAGGCGCCGUCGUCGUCGUGGUCUCUUCUCCGCUAGCAUUUCUUGAUUCCUCCUCGAGGAUUCGUCCAUCUUUCGCUAAUCCAUCGGGUUUCGCCAUUUCUGCUCGUCCCAUCGAAUCCCCUCCUCGUCUCGUCUCCUUCCAUCCAACGCGGCCUCGCGGGGGGACCAGUGCGCGGCCCGUUCCUGUUCCCUAGAUCUGCCGUCUGCGUGGAGGCGGCGUGGCGCAGAAUCCGUGACAAGGGGCAGCCGCGGCUCCGGCGCGAGAAUCCAAUCUCGGCGGGUGGCUGCGCGUCUUCUGCUUUCUUGUUCCUCUUCCUGCGUGCUGUUGCGGGAGAGAUAAGGAGGGGUUGGGAUGGUGCCGUGGGAAGGGUACGUGAGCGACGAGACGAUGGGCACCUUCGCGCCCAUCGUGCUCUACUGGGUGUACGCCGGCGGCUACCAGCUGGUGCUGCACCGGCGGCCGCUGGAGCGGUACAGGCUCCACACGCUGGCCGAGGAGGACGAGAAGAACCUCGUCACCCUCCCCGCCGUCGUCCGCGGCGUGCUCCUGCAGCAGCUCGUGCAGGCCAUCGUUGCCAUGUUCCUCUUCAUGAUUACUUCAGAUAGCUCAACGGUUAUAGUCCAGCCAUCUAUGGUCGUUCAAAUGUUUCAGUUUUUGGUAGCAAUGCUGGUGAUGGACACAUGGCAAUAUUUUGUGCACCGCUACAUGCACCAGAACAAAUUCCUCUAUCGACAUAUCCACUCACAACAUCACCGGCUAAUUGUUCCUUAUGCUAUCGGGGCUCUCUACAACCACCCAUUGGAGGGGCUCCUUUUGGACACUUUAGGUGGUGCUAUGUCCUUCCUGGUCUCUGGUAUGACACCGAGAACUGCUGUAUUUUUCUUCUGCUUUGCCGUACUCAAGACGGUCGAUGAUCACUGUGGACUUUGGUUACCAUACAACAUCUUCCAGCGCUUGUUCCAAAAUAACACAGCCUAUCAUGAUAUCCACCAUCAGCUCCAAGGCACAAAAUACAACUACUCCCAGCCAUUCUUCUCAAUCUGGGACAAAAUUCUAGGAACCCACAUGGCCUACAGUCUAGUCAGCCGGAAGGAGGGGGGAUUCGAAGCAAGAGCAUCACGGGACUAGAUUGAACUCAUUCAUGUGUACAAAACUCCAGCCACUAAGUGGAGAUAUACAUGGCAGCUCACAGGGAGCAUCUAACUUGUAAGAUGAUGGAGGUAUUCCAGUACUCCCGGUACCCCCUUUUUUCGCGUCUUGGUGGAAGCCAUUCGCUCUUUGAGAAGACACUGGAUCUGUCGCAUUGCAUGUUUAUUUUUUCCUACAGUUGGAGCGUUCGUCUCGAAUGUGCGUGGUUCUGUAUGGUUUAGCUGGUUACUCUCGAGUCUUGAUGGUUCUUUCUUGUGCAAAGCUGGCAUUUACAUUGCUGUGCAGAUAGUGUAUUUCAGGAAUCAAUCACACUUCUGUAUGUACCAAUUAUAUUUGUGUAACCGAAUCUGUCUCUGGGCAUGACCAUUACCUUCAAAGUUCAAACCAACAUUCGGCUACUGCUGUAUAGUUUUUUGUGUUGUCAAUUACAUAUCAGCUUUGUCGGAUGGUAUUCAUUCUCUAAAAUUCUUUGAGAUGUAA